GUUAAGGGUAAUCUGCGGUUUUUUAUCAAUGUUUGUGUACCCCAUAUACCUAUGCCAAAAGCCUGGCCAAAAUGUGGUCACACGUGUGAGAAGUUAAGGCUUCUACCAUAGCAAAGGACAAUAGCCUGACAAGCGUAAAUCUUCGAUCGUCGACUUUAAGUAAAUAGGAAUACCCUUACACUUCUACCGAAUUGAGCUCUUCUACUCCUUCGCAAAACGUCUCCGCUUACUCGAUGGCCGAUGUAUGGCUGCCCGGGUCCUCCAUAGCAGACGAAGGAGCCCCUCUCCUACCUGCGGUUCUUGCGAGACUUAACGAGGUGGAAGAUGAACUACGUGCAGUUCGAAAGCAGCUGGAAACUCGCGAUGGCACAAUCGGUUUCAAAGUCGAACAUGUCACUCAGAACCACGUGACGCCAGAGAUAAAUGCAAGGAGCGAAUUUGAAAUCGACGAUGCCGCAUCGAAACCGGAGGUUGCGCAGGGUCGUUUCAAUAAGCUGAUAUCUAAGGUGACAGGUGGCUGCAAAGAGUUCUGGUUUCACCACAGCCGUCACGUGGCUUUAGCAACAAAAGUGGCAGUUCUGCUUCUGUAUGGAGCAUACUUCUGUUAUGCAAUGUAUUACAGUUUUGGAGACGAGGCUUCAAUCCGUUUGCUCGGAGUAACAACCCUAGCGUUUGUGUUAACCCUCUAUGUGCUAUUCAGAGAUCGAGUCGGGCUUAAACUCUAUAAAUCACACAUCAGUCCAUUCUGGAAAAAGGUGAAACGGAAGCGAAGAUUGAUGAUUGUUCUAAAAUGUACAUUUGGUUUGAUCUGCCUAAGUCUAUUACUGGCAGCGUUGGUCUUAGAAAUCGCAAUGAAAGACUCGAAAAACCUAGCGUCUCUCGGCGGAAUGUGCUUCCUGCUGUUGAUUACAUUCAUAACUUCAAAACAUCCUGGAAAGGUAAAAUGGCGGCCUGUCGUGUGCGGCAUGGUUCUACAGUUUGUGUUUGCCCUGAUGAUUCUACGGACUACGUGGGGACACGGCAUGUUUAAUUGGCUUGGAGAAAGAGUCAAAGAGUUCUUGGCGCAUGCGGAUAAGGGGGCAGGGUUCGUGUUUGGGCCAGAAGAAGCUGCACAUAUGAUAGCGUUUCAGCUGCUUCCUGUGUUGGUGUUCUUCAGCUCCAUUAUAUCAGUCCUGUACUACCUUGGCUGGAUGCAAGUGGUCAUUCGAAAGAUUGCUUGGAUCCUGCAGAAGGUCCUGGCAACUACCGCUGCGGAGAGUGUCAACGCUUCAUCUAAUAUCUUCCUUGGGUUUGCAGAAUCUCCUCUUGUCAUUCUGCCGCUACUCAAGUUCGUCACAGUCUCCGAGCUGCAUGCCAUAAUGGUUGGAGGGUUCGCCACAAUAGGAGGAGGCAUUCUAGCUACAUAUAUCCUUUUCGGAAUCCCUGCUGCUCAUCUGCUGACGGCCUGUAUUAUAUCGGCGCCGGCAGCUCUGGCUGUUGCCAAGCUUUCCUACCCAGAGAUAGAGGCGACAAAGCUGAGCUCAAAGGAUGUUGGCGACAUGGGGAAGAGCACCGAUGCGAAUUUAGUUGAGGCGAUAUCGAGCGGUGCAGUGACUUCCAUUAAGCUGUGUGCGUACGUCAUCGUCAAUCUCAUCGCCUUCGUCAGUUUCCUGGAUCUGGUGGACGGAACACUGAACUGGAUUGGCCAGCGUGUCGGGAUAGGGCCUCCCAACAACCUCCCCUUGUCCUUUCAAUUGAUAUUGUCCUACCUGCUAUGGCCAGUAGCAUUUGUAAUGGGCAUUGACACCGCCGACUGUCGUCAAGCUGCGGAACUGCUUGGUAUGAAGGCCUUCCUGACUGAGUUCAUCGCCUAUUUGCAGCUCGGGGAGAUGAUACGAAACAGGGAAUUUCUGGAGGACUUAAACUUUAAUGGCACGAUCAUAGAAAAGACAGAUGGGUUAUAUCUCCCUGCUUUGAAUAAGACGUUGAAAUAUGGAGUAAUGUCGGAGCGUUCGGAAGUGAUCACAACCUACGCUCUAUGUGGUUUCUGCAGUGUACAAGGAAUCGGCAUCAUGAUAGGUGUGAUGGGCUCCAUAAUGCCAGACAGGAAGGCCGAGAUCAGCGCAACAGUCGUCCGGGCGUUCAUGUGCGGGACAGUGGCGUGUUACCUCACGGCGUGUGUGGCAGGUCUCCUAUAUGAACCAUCCCCAUGAUAGAACAGAGACCGACCCUUCUGUUGUUGAGGUGAAAAGACACUCAGCCUGCAGUAUUGUAC